AUGAGUGAGAAAAAAAGUGUGGUAUAUAAAGGAAAAGGUUAUAUAUUAAAAAGAGCUAAUAAGGAAUAUAUAUACCAAAACAACACAAAAAAAAAAAUAUAUAUUGAAAAGAAAAAAAAUAAUAUUUUCAAUAAAUUUAAACCAGUUAUAUUACCAUUACUAAAUCAAAAUAAUAAAAUAAGGAAUAAUGAUACUUUGAAGAACGAUAUAAAUUUACUAAAUGAAAGUGAAAUAAAUAGUUAUUUAUUAAGAAAUAAAGCAUUUAGAUUAACGUGGUCAUGUAUUAUAGAAAAAAUUCAAAAAGAAAUAAAUAUAGAAAUAUCUAAAAAUUUGAAUAAUGUUUUCGAAGAAAUAUACUUAUAUUCUAUAUCGAAUAAUGAAUAUCUUCCUUUAAUUUUAGUAACAUCAGGAACAAAUGUUGCUGACCAUGAAAUAAUUAUUGAUACAUUAUCUUACGAAUUAAAAAAAUGGAAUUACAAGAAAAGAACAGAAAGUGAUCAUGAUAUGAGUAUUAUGGAUGUAUUAAAUGAAAAAAAGAAAAAAAAAAAAAUAAGUUUAAAUAAUGAUGAUGAAAAUGAAAAAGAAAAUAAUGUAUUAAUUAACAAGUUAAAUAACAAGAGUGAAAAUAAAUAUUUAAAUAAUGAUAUAUCUGAUGAUAAUGAUAUAUAUGUAUGUUCGAUUAAUUCAAGCACUUCUAAUAAUAUAAAUUUGGCUAUAUAUAAUAUAUAUGACCAAUUAUAUAAAGAGUAUAAAAUGAGAAGUACUACAAAAAAAAAAUAUAAGAAAUCCAUCAGCAAGGGUAUUUAUAGUAAUGAUUCAAGAAACAAUGUAAGAAGAAAUAAUAGUAAUUCAUGUAACAUUACGAAAAAUGAAAAUAAUGUUUCCUCUAUUUAUGUACAUAAAGAGGUAAUAGAUGAUUAUUCUUUAAAUAGAAAAAUGGUAAGUAUAGAUAAAUUAAUUGAAUUAUACAAAAAUAUGAGUGAAAUUAAUAAAAAAGAAGAGGAAGAAGAAGAAAAUUCUGAUUAUGAUAAUGAUUUAUCAUCCAUUUAUGAAGAAAUCAAACGAAAUAAUGAAAAUUCUCUUGAUAAUUAUGGAAAAUUGGGAUUAUAUAACAAACAAAAUAAUUAUUUCAGUGAUGGUAGAAAAAAAGUAAGAAUAAUUAUUUUAAUACAUGAUUGUGAAUAUUUUAACAUUAAUAUAUUAAAUGGAAUCUUAAAUGUUCUCAUAAAUUUACGAAUAGAUAAUAAACUUUGCUUAAGUGUAAUAUUAGGAGUGUCUACACCUUCUUUUUUUUUUAAUAGAAUAACUACACCCGAUACACAAAGUAAAUUAAGAAUUAAAACUGUAGAUAUAUUGAACAAUAAAUUAAUAUGUGAAAAUAUUUGCAACAGUUUAUUAUUUGAGAAUAUUUUGCCUUUUAUAAUAAGUUUCAGGACUAUGCAUACUAUAAAAUUAUUGCUACAUAAAAAUAAUCAAUCAAUUAGUCAUUUAAUUCAUAUUCUAUAUAUUUUAACUAAGGAGUUUUAUGAUAAUAACAUGUUUUCCUUUUUAUCAUUACCUAUGAAUUAUUAUUUAAGUGUAUAUGAAAAUUGUGAUAAUGAAGAAAUCAUCACAGAUUAUUCUCCUUAUACUUUUGUGCGCUCUCAUAAGAAAUCAUUUUCAAAUUAUUCAAAAUAUGAUAUAAGGAAAUUACAUAAAAAAAUUAUUUCUUUAUGUUAUUCAGCCAAUUUAUACUAUAGGCACUUAUCUUACAUUAAAAAGAAAUAUUCUUCUAUCUUAGUAGAAAACUAUUUUAAUUUACAUGGAAAAGAUUCCAUUAUACAUACACCAACAAAUUCAGAUAAUGAUUAUGAAGAUUUUACAUUAAAAAAAAACUCAGUGAAAUAUCAAAAACAAAGCAAAAAGGAUAAAGAUGAUUUUUUAAAAAAUAAUGAAAAAAAUUUUAAAAAUUGUUACAUUAAUACAAAUAAUAUGAGAUAUGAAAAAGAAAAUGAAAAAAGUAAUUUAUCUAUUUUGAAAUCAAGAAGCUCCAUUUUAAACAAAAAUGAAGUAUUAUCUAACAUAAAUUCUAGUAAUUACAAAAACAGGAAAAUUUCAGAACCAACUAAAGAAAAAAGAAAAUUAAGUAAUAAUUAUAGUGUAAAAGGAAGUGCUGUACAGGAAAUGGAAUAUAAAAUAAUAAAUAAUGGAUAUAUAAAGGAAAGAGAAAGUGUUAACACGAUGAAAAGUGAAUAUAAAAAUAAUGAAAAUAACAUGAUAAAGGGACAGGUGCAUGAAAUUAAAAAAGAAAUAAAGGAAAAUAUCAAAAAAAAAGAUGAUUUUUUUGACAGAAAUUUAUACGCUUGGCAAUUUAAAGCGAAUACUAUAAAUUGGUGGUUUGAUCAUCCUUUUAAAGAUUUAGUUUAUUUUUAUGAAAAUUUUAAAUUAAAAAACAAUUUAAAAAAUGAAAUUAAUAAAUUAUUAGAUAUGGAAGGUAAAGGUACAAAUAAUUUACAUGAUAUAAAUAAUGUAAAAGAAAUUAAUAAAAAUUUAUGUGAAGUUUCUUUGUCUAUAUCUAUAUUACAACUAAUUGAAAGAAAGUAUGCUUUUAAUAUAGCUAUCAAUUUAAUUAAUAUCAUAAUAAAAUCUAAAUCUGAAUAUAAUAAUUCUUUGAAGAGAACGGAGUAUUUUCGAAAGCUAUUUGAAAAUUAUGAAAAAAUUAAGUGGCAUGAAAAUAAAAACAUAUUAUACAUAGAAGAGAUUUAUAAAAUUGUAGAAAAUGAUAUAAAAAAAUGCAUUAAUUUUUUAAUAGAUAUUAUAACCCCAUAUUAUUUUAAAAAUCAAGAAGUAUUACUAGAAAUAUUAAAGGAAUUUAAAAAAUAUUACACUAAGAUUUACGCCAUUGUAUAUAAUUUAGAAGAUUAUUUAUAUUUAUUAAAAGAAAAAGAAAAAGAAAAAGAUAAAGAAAAUUUUAUGAAUGACGAUUUUUCAAAAAACUAUUCUUCUUAUUCUGUUUCUUUUUCUAUAUAUUAUUCUCUUUUUUUUAAAUUGGAUGAUUUAAUAGAAAUGCUCAGAAAGUAUAUUAAUAAAAAGAACCAUUUCAGUUUAUCACAAAAUAAUAACAGUAAAAAUAAUUCUGAAAAAAAAAAGAUGAAUAUUAAUUCUGAGUUCAAUGAAUUUACUGAAUACGAGAGUACAAGUGAAGAUGAAAGAGAACAUGAAAAAGAACGUGAUAAUGAGAAAUUAAAGGGGAAAAAAAAAGAAAAAAAGAAUAAAAAAGCUUAUAAAAGAUAUUUGACAAUAGAAAAUUCUACUUUAAAAAAAGAAUUGUGUGAAAAUAAAGAAAUAAAUUUUGGGGAUAUAUCUGAUUGUAUGAAUCUUUUUAUUCAUGAUUAUUUAUAUUUAUUACUUCUUCCCCCGGUAUAUUAUCAUCCAUUAGCAUAUGAAUUAAUAAUACAUAAGCCUGAUAAAGAUUUUACUGAUAUUAUGACAAGAGAUAUAAAAUCUGAAUUGUUAUCAACAUUAUGUUAUACUAAUCCAUAUAAAACAGGAAACCUAAUGUGUUCUUGUUGUUUUUCUUCUGAAAAUCCGACGGAUUCAGAUUUUAAUACUAACAUUGUUUGUGAUAAUAAAAUUUAUUUAAAUCCUUAUUAUGAUAAUAUAUCAACUUUAGAGGAUUUAGUAAACAUAUACAGAAUUUAUGAAAGAUGUAAUAAAACCAUUGAUCUUUAUAAUUUCUUUAUUUCUUUUUUAAAUAUUAAAAUAGAUAAAUUUUUAGGAUAUUCUAUAGAAAAUGGAGAAGAAAAAAAUAACCCUAAAGAUAAUGAUGAUAAUAAUUUAUGUACAGAAAUGCUUCAGGAAUAUUAUUUAAAAUUUAUUAUAGCUAUCAGCGCCUUUUGUUCUUUUUUUAAAAUAUUAAAACCCCCUAAUGUUUCAGCUCUUUUAAAUUAUGAUGAUAAAGAAAAUUAUACUUCUAAUAAUUCCGAUUCCAAUGUUACAGAAAAUUCUGAAGAAUCUAUCAUCAAAUUUUUGUCUGAUAUUAAAAAAUCAUUACAAGGAUGUACCAGCAAAAAAUUAUUAUUUGGUAAAUUAUAUUACAAUCAAACCAUUAUAUCAAGAGAAUUUUAUUUACAAAAAAUGAUACAGCACAAUUCCGAAUAUAAAAGAGAAAUUCAUUGUUCUGAAGAUAUGAAAAGAAGGAAAAAAAAAACUUAA